AUGGCCGUUCUCCGAUGCUCAGACGGUCGCAGGACCUCGAGCGAGUAGGUGGUAUUACCGGUUUGGCCGCGAGUGUUAAACAGCCGUGCCGGAUCGUUUCUCGAGCAAGGUGUUUCGUAGGUUUUUCUCGAAAACACGAUCAAGGGACAUAGUCGUAGAAUUCGUGAAAAUUAAAAUCGGCAAUUCGUUAAAUACAACGAGAAUUCCGUCGCGUCAAUAAAGUUAAUGACGAGUGAAAAGUCCGGCGAUUUCUCUCAAGACUCGAUACGGUUAUCUCCUUGCCUUUUUUCCUAUUUUUUCUCUCUUUCUCUUCAAUUCUCUUUUAUUUUCGGCCUCUUUCUCUCUCUUUCUCUCUCUACUCCUCGUGUCUACUUAUCUCUAGUCUAUCCCUUUCCAAUAGACUCUGUUCUCUCCUACCUCUCUGUGCCCAUGUCAAUCGAAGCUGGCCGAUCGUUCAAGAACUCUCCCGAUUUGCUCUCACCACGAUUUCAUUCUGAGAACGAAGUUAACUUGCAAGAAUAGUGGGCCGCGUGGCCCCCUGACUUGAGGAUUUCGAUGCGCGAACAAGAGAGCUCGCCUCCUCGAGACCUUCCUACACUCGUGUCCUUGGAACCAAGUGCCAAAGAAGGAACAGGUGUUCCCUUCGUUUAGUGCAAACGAGACCCAAAAAUUGCUGGGUAGUUUUUUUUUUUUUUUCCGGUGUGAGAAUAGUUGCAGUGAGUUUUCUUGUGCGGAAUUGUUUUUAUUUUCCAUCAUUUUUAUUUUUCUUCAUAAACCUUUUCACACCUAACCGUAUAUACUGACGUGAUCAAGCAGCGUAUACAUAUACGUAAUUUGUGAAUACGGAUUCUACGCAUUAAUCUUCUUCGGAGGUUCAAAGAUGCUCGAGUAGGUCCAGGCUCGUCAACGUAAUAGACAGAAGCUGUUAAAAAGUCACGCAAGACAUAGGAUAAGGAAGGGCGAAAAGAAAAUACUAAGAGAAAAGGAUUUUCACUUGUGUGAUUUAACAGACAGAAAAUAAAGAAAAAAAAAAAAAAAAGAAGGAAACAAUGUACCGACCAAACUUUUACGAGAGCACGUGCUUGCGCUGUGCACAGACUGUCUAUCAAGUCGACAGGGUGGGUCCUUUGAAGGACUUCACUUUCUUUCACGCAGGGUGCUUCAAAUGCGCUAUUUGCGGUACCAAGUUGACCCUCAAGACAUAUUACAACAAUCAGCACACGAUUAACGACAAGGAAGUCUACUGCAGCAGUCACGUGCCAAAACCUGGUCCAGGUACUCUCGAUGGAUCCAGCGUGGGAAUACGAAGUGCGCUGAACGUACCCAGAAGUGGAUACGUCAAUGAACAAAUCAGGGCUGGAGGCGCAUCGCCACGAGGUGUUUAUCCACCUGGAUACGAUCAGGUGGAAUCACCGAAUUACCCCAGACACUUAAAUGGCCACGGUUCACCGCCUCCGGUCAAUUCGUCUCAUCGAGAUUUUCACACGAGUCCUGGUGGCGCGUCGUCCCCCUACAAUCACAAUUACUCUGGGGAUGGUUAUCAGUAUGGCAGAUUCGACGCCAGCGCCCUUCACAUCGCUCACGCCCUCAAGCAAACUGAACUACAAAAGGGAUAUAGCAAAGCACGCGAAAAACCCAUCGACUACUACUUGGACAGAGAUGAGCAAACGCGUCUGGAGAUGAAACAUCGUAAGGAGGAAGAUGACCUAUAUCGAAAAUUCGCAUAUCAUCGCGAGGAGGAGGACAGAAGAAUUCGCGAAGAAUUUAGGGACGAAUGGGAAAAGGAGCUGGAGCGAUUAUCAGCGCGAUGGGAACGCGACAGGGGUGGACGAGGACGAAAUCAGCAGUUCCAACAGGAGAAGGAUGAUCUUGAGAAGAACAUGACACUUCGCAGGGAUAAGAAGAAGGAGAGUCUUACGCGUAAGAUGCUGGAGCAUGAGAGGGCAGCGACAGCAGCGCUGGUCGAGAAGCAGAGUUCUGAGAUGCUGGAAUUGAUAAACGAAGCAAGAAGUGAAUAUAUGCUUCAGGAAAGUCUUUACCUUGACGAAGGAGAUGGAUAUGCCCAGGAGGCGCCACCUCCGCCCUAUCCAUCCCAGGCACCUCCACCUCAACCUCCAGCCUUGGCCAAAUAUCAUAUCUACAAUGAUCCCCUUGAGUUUGCUGAUAUGGACCAAAUAGCUAUAUCGGUUGCACAAGAGGAUCAAAAGACAUUCACCGACCUGGUACGACAACUAGUAAGCAGAUGCGGUUCCGACAUAGAAAAAGCUCGAACAAUCUUCAGAUGGAUAACUGUGAAAAAUUUGAACACCAUGCAAUUCGAUGAUAACCUACGUGGCGACACUCCCAUGGGUCUUCUUAGGGGGAUAAAACACGGCACGGAAAGUUAUCACGUUCUCUUCAAGCGACUCUGCAGCUAUGCUGGGCUCCACUGCGUGGUCAUCAAAGGAUACAGCAAAUCAGCUGGUUAUCAACCUGGUGUACGUUUCGAGGACAAUAGAUUUAGAAACAGCUGGAACGCCGUCUAUGUUGCCGGCGCUUGGAGAUUCGUUCAGUGCAAUUGGGGGGCGCGACAUCUUGUCAAUGCCAAAGAGGUUCCUCGACCUGGACAGUCUAAAGGAAAGAGCGACAGUCUUAGGUACGAAUACGAUGAUCAUUACUUCCUGACUGAUCCACGAGAAUUCAUUUACGAGUUCUUCCCCGUGCAGGAAGACUGGCAACUUCUUAAACAACCAAUCUCCCUGAAAGAUUUCGAGGAGUUACCGUUCGUGCGGUCACUCUUCUUUAGGUACGGACUCUAUUUCCCGGAUACGAAUACCAAUGCCGUCAUGUAUACCGAUUCCACGGGGGCAGCAACAGUCAGGAUAGCAAUGCCAGCACAUAUGCAGUCUUCUCUCAUCUUCCAUUACAAUCUUAAAUUUUAUGACAGCGAUGGCGACGGUUACGACGGUAUAUCCCUCAAGCGUUUUGUCAUGCAGUCGGUUGUGGGAAAUAUCGUUGCCUUCCGCGUUCACGCACCUUGUUCCGGCGCUUUCCUUCUGGACAUCUUCGCAAACGCCGUCACGCCAAAGGAAUAUCUUACUGGUGAACCAAUGAAAUUUAAGAGUGUAUGUAAAUUCAAAAUUGCCUGCGACGAACUUCAGACCGUCAUGGUGCCUCUGCCUGAUUGUGCAAGUGGCGAAUGGGGACCUACAAAAGCAACCAGACUCUUUGGCCUGGUACCGAUCACGCAUCAGGAGGCUCUGGUGUUCGCUGGCCGUGAAUUGGAAAUUCAAUUCCGCAUGUCCCGACCGUUAACCGACUUCAUGGCGACCCUUCACAAGAAUGGUAUCGAGGAGAAACGACUCUCCAAGUACGUGUCGCACUCGGUGGCCGAUAACGACGUGGUGACCUUCGCCAUUAAUUUCCCUGAAGAAGGCCAAUACGGUCUUGACAUCUAUACCAGAGAAUUGACUGCGGCUUCGCAGCACGAGACUUCCGGCGAGAAGCACUUGCUCACACACUGUUGCAAGUAUCUAAUCAAUUCGAGCAAGAGAAAUUAAUUAAGAGAGCAUCGUCUUUCGUUAUUCCUCCACGUAUAUAAAUACACAAUGUGUUUUUCUUUACGACUUGAAGAAAAAUUUCUUACGAAUAGACGCCAAAAAUUUCGUCUCACGUCCCCGAAUGAAUUGCAUGUCUUUUUUAAAUCUACUGAUGAAUAUUUUUCUGUCGUGGAUAUCGAUUCUUUGAUGUAUCAGUUGUAUCAAAUUGUAACGUUUUUGUAAAUGCUACGUGCUAGACGUUACUUUCAAUCGACAUCAAUGCAAUUAACGUUCGAUGAAAAUGAGGGGUAUAUGGAUUUUAAAAGUUUCUUAAUCUACGUCAAUAUCUCAUAAGCUGAUCCUGUUUAACUUAUCAUUUGAUCAUUCGGAGCCGAUUUGAUCAGCUGUCAAUUUAUUUAAGAUGCUGUCAAACUUUGACUAUUGUAUUUUAUAUAUAUAUAUAUAUAUAUAUAUACACACACAUAUAUAGUAUAUAUGCAGUACUUAAAAGAUUGAUUUUAGUAUUAUAUAUUUUUAUAUGAAAACAGGUGCUGACAAAUAUGUAUGUACAUCACAUUCAGUAUAGGCUGCGGGCCUGCCGAUUGUUCAUUACGUAUAUAGUUAUAUAUGUAUAAUCCUUUGCAAAGUCGUAUGAACGAUUUUCAGGUAAAUUACGGAAAUACGUAAUUUCGGGAAAUUUAAGAACGUCUUCAUGCUCGUAAGUAAUUCGAUCAAAGUUACAGUCAGACUUGAAAUUAUGUAUUAUUAUCAUUGGGAGAGAAUUUGGAAUUUUUUUCUUCUUAUUCGACGCAUUGAGACUCUGUAAAAGUAUUUUAUUGACGUUGGGCAGUGAUCAAGAAAAUUAUGUUAUUAACUAUGAAACUUUUAUAAUUUAUUAACAACGUCGUAACGUUCUUGAAUUCGUAUUUACCAUUGAAUAGAUAAGCAAUAGGAGAUUUAAUUGAAAGAUAUUUGCAAUAUGAUGUCUUGCACGACUAAUUGAGUAUGGAGGUCGACACUAAAAUUUCUAGACGAUCACAAUUAAUGGAGAUUCUAAUCGACUACGACGUUAAUUAAUAAUCCAAACAAUGAGAAGGAAUUAACGUGACAACGCUAUUACCGGUAAGAUUAACUAAGUAGUAAGAUGUUACGAGAUAAAAAAAGAAUGCUUCUAUCUAGUUCUAAAAUGUAAAUAAUCACACGACCGUUAAAUAAAUCUAGAUUUAGUAAAUUAAUCCGUAAUUAUACGACGCUUCGUUAGAAACGAUGCCAAGUCCCUCCUACGGGAAUUUUUAUAAUCUUUCCGAUGUACUCUAUCCUGUUCUGAAUUUUGUAUAACAUUAGAUUGCUAAUAAAAGAUUUAAUAUAUAGAACAUAUCGAUUCAA